AUGAGAUCAAAGAUUUCUCAAGGAUGGAUGCCCAAAUUUUAUACGAGUAAGGAACGUGAUGAUAAGAGUUGGCGAAUCGAUCCUUUACCUGAGAAACUUGGCAACAGAAACGUAGAUUUGGGAGAUGUAUCUCCAUCCAACACAAUCCAUUUUGUGGAUUCUUUAAAUGCCAAGGUUCAAGGCGUACAGGUAGAUUUUGAUGAUGGGCAUUGCCCAACUUGGCGAAAUACUAUUCAGGGAAUUUAUAACGUGUAUAUGGCAGUAAAUGGAAAGUUACCAGGAGUACCCAUAGAUAUAGAAUCAUGUCCAAUUUUAAUGUUAAGACCACGUGCAUGGAAUAUGUAUGAACAUCAUUGCAUAAUAAAUGGCAAAGUGGUACCUGGCUCUUUGUUUGACUUCUCCAUGCUGAUGUAUCAUUGUGGAAAAAGAUUAGCUAAGAAGCAAUGCGGUCCUUAUUUUUACUUAUCAAAAAUUGAAGGUCCUAACGAGACUUGUUUAUGGAACGACAUAUUUAUCUGGUCUCAGAAAAUGUUAGACAUCAAACAAGGAACUAUUAAAGCAUGUGUGCUUAUUGAAAAUAUAUGUGCAGUUUUUGCCAUGGAUGAAAUUUUGUAUUCACUCAAAGAACAUUCGUUGGGACUUAAUUGUGGUAUAUGGGACUACUCGGCUUCUAUAAUUUCUAAAUUUGGAUUCAAGAAGUCCUUUAUCAUACCUGAUAGAAACAAAUAUGUUAAUAUGGACAAACCUUUUCUGGCAAACUAUAUGAAACUUGUGUUGAAAACUUGUCACGAGCGAGGAGCACCAGCUACUGCAGGAAUGGCUGCUCUCUUGGUUAAAAAUGGAAAAUCCAAAAUAUCUCUGGAAAUCGUAGAUAAAGUUUUACAAGCAAAAAGAAAAGAAAUCCAUCUAGGUUUUGAUGGUUUUCUAAUUUAUGAUCUAGAACUAGUGCCUUACAUAAAUGAGUUGUGGAUAAAAGAGAGAAAUAAACAAGGUCAUCAAAUAUUAGACAUUAAGGAAAACGAUCUUUUUCUGUUACCAAAGGGUGGUGUCACCUUUGAUGGUCUUAUUAAUAAUAUAAAAGUAUCAUUACUAUUUAUUUAUCACUGGUUUGAAGGUAAGGGCCACUUUUUUCUAAAUGGUGCUGUUGAAGAUUCAGCAACUGCUGAGAUUUGUCGAUCACAAAUUUGGCAAUGGAUUAGACAUUCGGUGGAGUUUGAUGGCGAAGAUGUUCCUCAAAGUGAAGUUAAUUUCCAAAUCGUUGUAAAAUUACUUGAUAAAAUUACAAAUGAGUUCUGUAAAACUCUUUGUAAAAGUAACCAUGAUAUAAAACGCAUGACCGCUUCUAAAUUUCUUUUGCAUGAAAUUAUAUUAUCUCGCGAUUAUCCUGAAUUUAUAACGACUUUUUUGAAUGAUAAUCAUAAAUUUCGAGCAUUACAUAAUAAGUCUGAAGCUUUGUUCAGUAAAUUGUAA